AUGUACGGCACCCCCGACGCCCACGGGCAGCUGCGCGACAUCUACCUGAACGAGGCCGCGCAGGCGCUCGGGACGGCGCGGCGGCGCCUGUACGACAUCAUCAACGUGCUCAGCGCCGUCGAGGUCGUCGCGCGCACGGGCAAGCUCACGUACGUCUGGCGCGGCACCGCGCACCUCCCGCAGCUGAUGCAGAGCCUCGUGCACGAGGAGCUCCACGGCAUGCCCGCCGUGCGCCCGACGAAGCAGGAGCCGUACGACCCGUACCUGCUCCUCCCGUCGCCCGCGGAGUCCAAGCACCCCUCCCCGUGCUCCCUCUGGACGCUCGCGCGCAAGUUCGUGCGCCUCCUCCUGGCGCGCGGCGCCCAGCAGCCGCUGCUCCUCAGCGAGGCCGCGGGGCUGCUCUCCGGCGACGGCGCGGUCGGGCGGCGCGCGGCCAAGUCGCAGCAGAUCAUCACGGUCGAGCGCCGGCUGUACGACGUGUGCUCGAUCCUCUGUACCAUGGGCCUCGUGGAGAAGGUUCAGCUGGGGCGCAGGCAGCCGGCCUACCGCUGGAGCUUCGUGCCGCAAGGCGGGGCGCAGCCGGCGCCCCGCGGGGCCGCGCCGAGCGGGGCCGUGCCGAGCGCGAACACGGGCAGCUGCCAGUUCACGGCGGACGGCGCGCGCGUGGGCGGCGGCGGCAACGGGGCGCAGCAGCAGGCCAUGAUGGCCACGCUGAUGAGCGACCCGCUGCUGGCGUCGCUGAACCCCGCGGCGCUGCAGGCGAUGGUGGACGUGAUGAUGAGCCACGGGAACAACGCGGGGACCAACAGCAACGGCACGAACACCCACAGCGGGCCCCCCGGUCACGCGCACGUGGCCGCGCCGCCGCGCCCCGCGCCGCCGGCGCCGCCGCUGCCGUCGGAGUUCCAGGCGGUCGAGACGCUCCUGCAGCAGGUCAUCGGCCUCGUCCCGCCCGCCGGCCCCGCGCCGUCGGGCCUGUCGUCGGGCCCCAACGGAGCCCCCUCGUCAGCGCCCACGGGCAGCACCGGCGGGCUCCCGCAGGCGCCCGAGCUCCUGCAGCAGCUCAUCGCGGUGCUCGAGGCGCUCGCCGCACCGCCGCGGUCCACGGGCCCGGACCCGAGCCUGGCGCUGGUGCAGGCGCUCAUCGCCCUGGGGUCCUCCUCGGGAAUACCCCCCCCCUCGUCGCCGGACGAGAUGGCCGCGCUGUUCGGGACGCUCCCGGUCCUGCUCCAGACGCUCCAGUCGCUCGGGGACGGCAACAGCGCCGGGAACAACGGCGCCGCGACGCCGAUGCCGGCGCAGUCGCAGCAACAGCAGAGCAGCGGCGGGCUGUCGCACAGCAUGGGGCAGAUGCCGCUCCCCGCCUGGGCGCAGCGCCCGCCGGCGUCGCUCCCGCCCCCGAGCUCCAUCUCGAACCCCUCGGUCUCGGGCCAGAAGCGCAACUCGCAGAGCUACGGCGGCAGCGGCAACCCGCUGGCGUCGAGCCCGCCGGCGCCGCAGCCCGCGCAGCUCGCGCACUUCGCGCACCUCGCGCAGCAGGCGCAGCACCGGGGCGGACACCCCACGCAGCAGGCGCAGCACCACCCGCACGCGCAUGCCUACCACCCGCACCCCCCGCAGCCGCCCAAGCCGCAGGGCGCGCACGGGGGCGCGAACGACUUCAUGCAGGCCGCGGUGCAGCUCCUCGCGUCGCAGCUGCCGCCCGGGACGGACCCCGCCGCGCUCCUCGCGGCGAUGGGCCUCCCCGGCAUGACGUCGCCCGCCAGCAGCGCGCCCUCGGCGCACCGGUCGGGCCAGGCGACGCCCGCGAUGGGCCCGCCCGCCAGCAGCGGCCCGCCGCCCGCGAGCGCGCCGCCGCCGCCCCCCGCGCACGCCCCCGCGCAGCACACACACGCGCACCGGCCCGAGGACGACGCAAACGUGACGGCCCUCAUGCAGGCCAUGCUGGGCGUGUUCGGCAGCUUCGCCCCGGCGCCCCGGCCGCAGUGA